UUUUGAAAAAAACAGCUGAUUAAACGAUUUACAUGUCAAUUGCAAAAAUUUAUUAAUUAAUUAAAAUCAUUACGAGUUGCUUCGUACAUGUAUGACGCCCCUCUUUCUUUCAUAACUCCAAACCACACCAGGUGGGCAAAACAGAGUAAGAUCUGAUGUACUCGCUGGUGGAUCUUUAUUUAACGCAAGAUCAUGAUGGCCCUUGAAAAUAAAGAAACUAUUCAGAGGAGCUGUGAGGCAUCAUUAAAAUGCCUCCAGACCAAGGGAUUCCCUCAUGGGAAUUCGAUCGAUGGCUUUUCGGAGCUUGAAGAAGAAGUUAAUGUUCACCCAGGUGGGCAUGUUGUGGCACCAGUUCACUCCCUAAGCCGUGAAUAUCUUGAACUUCCUAGUGAAUUUAACACAAAACCUACCUACCAUCAUGAUUUUGGCUCGUGGUCAAACUUCUAUCCUGACUCUCAAAAGGUGCAGCAAUGCCAAAUGAAUUGCUUUGAGAGCCAAUUUUACCCCUUUCCCAUGGAAACUCGAUUUCACUAUGCUCCAUUCAAUAUGCAUUCCCAAGGUUACCCGCAUCAGUUCCAAUUCCAAGAUUUUCAGUAUUUUGUAGUCAUAGACUUUGAGGUUACUUGUGACAAGGAAAAGAAUCCCCAUCCGCAAGAGAUAAUUGAGUUUCCAUCUGUCAUUGUGAGCAGUGUAACUGGCCAACCGGAAGCAUAUUUCCAGACAUAUGUGCGGCCAACUUGCAAUCAACUCCUUAGUGAUUUCUGCAAGGAUCUGACUGGUAUCCAGCAAAUCCAGGUGGACAGAGGUGUUACCCUCACCGAAGCACUCCUCAGACAUGACAAAUGGCUUGAGAAUAGAGGGAUAAAAAACACUAAUUUUGCUGUUGUAACAUGGUCGAACUGGGAUUGCCAGGUUAUGUUGGAAUCUGAGUGCCGAUUCAAGAAGAUCAGGAAGCCCCCAUAUUUUAAUCGGUGGAUCAAUUUGAAAGUUCCUUUCCGUGAGAUAUUUGGUGGGGUUAGGUGCAAUCUAAAAGAAGCUGUGGAAAUGGCAGGCCUAGCAUGGGAAGGCCGUCCUCACUGUGGACUGGAUGAUGCCAAAAACACUGCUCGACUACUUGGCCUCCUUAUGCGCAGGGGUAUCAAAUUCGCUAUAACAAACUCACUAAUGUGGCAAACAACCGAUGGUUCAUUGUCAUGGAAGCAAUCCCCUGACCCCUUGUCUUCACCACAUCCCCCCUACAAACUGAAGGAACUGCAUAUUCCUGUUUUCCAGUAUCAUCCCUUUUGUUACUGUGGAGUGAAGAGCAGCAAAGCUGUGGUCCGGAAGCCUGGACCAAAGCAAGGGAGCUUUUUCUUUGGCUGUGGCAACUGGACUGCCACUAGAGGUGCCUGCUGUCAUUACUUUGAAUGGGCGUCUCCCUGACCAAAACUAUGGAUAGACAUCUCUAUGUUUGAUCAUUGCAUCCUAAACUCUUGCAGGAUGUAAUAUGUAAAAAUUGGAAAAAAUGAUGGAAAGGAAAGUUAGUGGGUUGUCUCCUAGUUGAAGCUUUAUCUGCCUCAACUGUUUGUUGAGGUUUCUGCUUCUUAGAGAGUUAAAAAAACAUAUAUAAAAAUAGUUGGCUAGUUGCUGGUGAGUGUGUCUGGUAAAAUCUCAACUAGGGAGCUACAACCUGUAAAGCUGACUUCUUGUUGACAGGAGAACAUAUUGGGAAUGUGAAGAAUGGGUAAUUUAGGGUGAUGCAUUUUACAUGUUCAGACAUGCUAAAUUACCAUUAUCGUGAAUAAUCUUGUGAGAUGAUAGGGACAAUUGGGUUUUCCUAUGGAUUUCUAAUGGGAAUAUGGGUAGAAGUGCUUGUCCCAAAUUUGCUGA